AUGUGCUUUUUUCCUCCACAACGCUCGACAGGCAGCUCGCGGGGCUGUGGCUCCUUCCUGGGCUUCACCCACCUCCAGCACCUGGCGGUGCCGCUGGCACUGGAGUGCCCGGGCGGGAACGGUGCCUGGGAGCAGGUGACGACGCGCGGCAACAGCCGGCUCUGCCAGACCCAGAGGAACCCCUGCAACAGCUCCGGGGAGCUCGCCUGGCCGUGCCCCGAGAACGCUGCCUGCGCCCCAGCCGGCCCCGGCCUCGCUCAGUGCCUCUGCGAAAGCCCCUUCCACGGCUACAAGUGCCUGCGUGAGGGCACCUUCCCCGUGCUGCUCUUCUGUGGGAUCCUGGGAGCUGCCACGCUGUCCCUGUCCCUCCUGCUGUGGGGCACCCAGCGCCGG